GAGGCGAUCCAGCACCCCGUGGUUAGAAUGCUUGUCAUGAGAAAGUGGAAUAAAUUUGGCAGUUGGUGGUUUCGGUAAUUUACUAUUCUUUAGUUGUAAAGGAAAUCGAAGCCUGCAUGCAAGGUUUCCCUUCCAGGCUUCCGUUCACUACGGCAACAUAUUAAUAGUAAAAUAGAAUUACUGUCGUUCCAAUUGAAGUGUUGCUCAAAUAUUGAUUCAAUACAUUACCUCGGGCUGAUCAAUUCAUUUCAUCAAGUUCCUCGAGAUAUUCAUACACUUCCUAGUAUAAUUGUAAACUUCCUGUUGAAUAGUUUGAAUGCACCAAUCACCUUUGUUGUUUGUGCAACUAACCAAUCAUAAAUUGAAAGGAAGUGACCAGAAAUGAUCAAAUACUUGGAAUUGGCCCUUUCACAGGAAGUGUAUGAAUAUCUCGAGGAACUUGAUGAAAUGAAUUGGUCAGCCCGAGGUAAUGUAUUGAAUCAAUAUUUGAGCAACACUUCAAUUGGAACGACAGUAAGUUGGCUAAUUCUUAUUAAGUUAAAAAGGUAAUUUAUUUGUAAUUAUAACAGUUGACUUUAAGUCUUACAGUCGAUUUCAACUUACUUUUCACUCAAAUGUUCCGAACUUCGUUCCGAAUUCACAAACAGGUUUGUAAACUGGGCAUUUGAUUGGCUGGUUUGAUUUAAUAGCCGAUCAGAGGCUUUGUUUACAAACCUGUUUGUGAAUUUCAUUAUGAACUUUUGAACUUGGCAACGAAUUUGCGAAGUUCGGAACGAAGUUUGGAACAUUUGAGUGAAAAGUAAGUUGAAAUCGACUGUAAUGAACCGCAUUUCAAAACAUUUCACAAAGCGUUUCAUAUUAAAAUUUACAUUAAAUCAAAGCAGUAUAUACUUCGGAAAUUGAUAUUACUAAUCUUUCAACUAUUUUUGCCUUUUUGUAUAAAAUAUUAAAAAAGAAAAAUUAUCGUGUUUCUAUGUAUAUUGCAACACACAACGGCGAGUCUGCGUUCAGCGUUGGCCAGUUACUAUUACUUCAUGUUAAUUAAAUCAAUGUUUUAAAAAUAUAGGAGAGGGUUGCUGCAUGCAUGCACUUCUAGUAAUAACAUUUGUUCCUCCAAGCUUCUAUAUUUCUUUUGAUUCAGUGCAGUAAUUCGAAUGAAUUGCUGUAGUUAGUGCACGAAUGGACGAGAAAUAGGGAAUUAUGCACGUGCAUUGCACCCAGGAGUAAAGCCCUGAGCAAACUAGGAAACAUUGUUGCGGAAACAUUUGUGAUUCUCGAUGUUUCCUCAAAUGUUUCCAUGUUUCGCCACCUAUGGAAACAUUGUUGUGGAAACAAAAUUUGCUUUCCGGGAAGCAAAAAUGUUUCCCACCAAAUUCAGAAACAUUUGAUGUUUCCCGAUGUUUCUCACUAAUGUUUCCUAGUGUUUGCCCACUCUGGGAAACGUGGCGAAAUAUUGGCAGGAAACAAUGUUUCCGCAACAAUGUUUCCGCAACAAUGUUUCCUAGUUUGCCCAGGGCUUAAGGCAGCGCAACACAGUUCCUUAUAAAGCGUUUGAAAAAUCACAAAUAUAAUAUAGUCAAGUCUCUUCAUCCUUUGUCCGCCACUAAACUAAGUUGCUAAACUUAGGUAUGGACAAAAAGUAAAGCAAUGUUUCUUAUUCAUUUCAGUUUGCAAGCUAUCUUGUACACGAUAUUCCUUGUACUCUUGUCAUAUGCAUUGAUCUACGGAGCCACACGAGAAGACCCAAAGAAGUACGACGGUUCGGCUGACAAAUUCAGACUGUUUU